AUGGGAAAUACUCAGGGAAAACCCGUUGUUUGCAGUGAUGCAGUCAACCUUAACCACUUUCGCCUCCUUCGCGUGGUUGGAAAGGGUGCCUUCGGCAAGGUUCGCAUUGUUGAGCGGAAAGAUACAGCCCUUACUUUCGCCUUGAAAUACAUUCGGAAGGAAGAGGUGGUUCGUUCGGAGAGUGUACGGAAUAUUAUUCGUGAACGGAGAAUGUUGGAACAUCUGAACCAUCCAUUCCUCUGUAAUUUGCGCUAUAGUUUCCAGGACAUGGAAUACAUUUACAUCGUUGUCGAUCUCAUGAAUGGCGGCGAUCUCCGUUUCCAUAUCUCCCGCAAGUGCUUUACCGAGGAAGCUGUACGCUUUUGGAUGGCCGAGCUUGGUUGUGCUUUGAAAUACAUUCAUUCCCAGGGUAUCAUCCAUCGUGAUCUAAAGCCAGAUAACGUGUUGUUGGAUUCAGAAGGCCAUGUUCACUUGGCAGAUUUCAAUGUGGCCUCAGACUUUCGACCGGGCAAACCUCUCACGAGCAAAUCGGGAACAUUAGCGUACCUGGCACCCGAGGUGUACGAGGGUGGUGGGUACUUUUUCGAAGUGGAUUGGUGGUCUUUGGGAGUUACAUUCUACGAAUGUAUUUACAACAAGCGCCCAUUUGAAGGUCGCAGCCAGGACACCUUGAGUGAAAACAUCAAAAAAGCACAGCCGAAAUACUAUGUCACCAACCCGGCAGUUUCGGUCCCCUGUCUGCGCGCUUUGGGGGCUUUGAUGGAACGCGACCGGAGCCGUCGAAUCGGCGCGAUCAGCUGGGAGAGCUUUAUUUCACAUCAAUUCUUCGCUGAGAUCGACUUUGAAGCUCUCGAACGCAAGGAAAUUCCACCCGUGUUCCGUCCUUCUAGCGAUAAGACGAACUUCGACGCCACCUACGAUCUAGAGGAACUACUCUUGGAGGAGGCACCGCUGGAGGCUCGAGCCCGUCGCCAAAAGCCACGCGCAGAACUGCGUGACGAUGCCACGGCCAAGGAAAUCCGAGAGGAUGAACUUCAUCGUCUUAUCGAGACCAUGUUUGAGCCAUUCGACUACACGACUGUUAAUUACCAAGGCAGCGCUGCAGAUGCCAUUGCUGCAUCAACGAAUCCCGAGGACUGUCUCCCUAAUGCCAAUAAUACAUCAACCAAUGCCCCUCCUGUCAUGAAUUCUCACAUCCGACAAUUCUCCCAGCCUGAAUCAAGCCUUCGCAACUCACCAAUCACCGAGCCCACCGUUCAAAGAUUGCCGACCGACGUGACACCAACGAUCAGUGAAAACCUUGACCCGAACGACUCUGCAUCUAUUGGGCAACCUCCUUCUCCCUCUACCCGCGCAUCUGCUUCUCCUCCACCUCAACAUCCCUCUUUCCAUCGCCCAUUGCCCCCUACCCCUCGACCCCGCGGCGCCACACGCAAGAUGAGCAAAGGAGGAGGUGUACAAAUGGUGUUGGAAGAGGCUGGUAGUUGGAGCGAACUCGCCAACCAUAGCCAUACUCUUCCGGCAGAAGGCCUCGAGGGUGACCCAGGUAAAGGAAAGGGUUCCAAUAGCGGAAUGCUCUCCUUCCUCAGUCGCAAAAAAGGCCGCGAUCGCAGCCCCAAGCCUACAGAGCCCGGUGUUCUGGGCAAGGAAGGGGCUCGCCAGAUUAUCAGCAGCUAA